AUGUCCGGAGCACCAGAAGUAACACCAUCAAGGGUAGGACCACCUGGACCUGAUCCAACUGCUCGCGUCUAUUGGAAGUUGGGCAUAUUCAGCGUUGCAAUGUUUGCUGCCCCAAUAACGGCUUAUUAUGUAGCAAGAGAUCGCUUGUUCAAUGGCAAUGCAACUUAUUCGGGAGGUUUGGCCGCUUUUGUAGCCAAUGUAGUCCUGAUAGGGUACGUCAUAGCAGCAUUUAUGGAAGAUCAAGGGGAAAGUCCCUCAAACAAAAAGGCAACAUCAGAUACCGUUCAAGAAAAGAAGAAAGACAAGUAG